UCCUCGGCGGCAAAAAAUUCUACCACUCAUCCACUCCUUCGCCAUGGCGCCUUCCACCCUCUCCUUCCUCCCCGCGCACGCACAGCCCCUCUCCCCCCUUCACCCCCGCCGUCUCCACCGCCCAAGCGCCGCGCCGACCACUCCCAAACCCCUCACACUCGCCGUCCGGUGCGCCGCGAAGGCGCCGGCGAGGCCCAUCCCGCCGCCGAAGCUGGUCCGCUGCCCGGCGCUGGACCGGCAGGCGGCGCGCGCGAGCCGGCUCCGCUUCGCCCGCAAGCUCCUCACCCUGCUCCUCUCCAAGCCGCGCGGCUUCCUCCCGCUCCGCGUCCUCCUCCGCUGCCGCCGCUUCCUCGGCCUCCCGCGCCGCCGCCCGCUCGUCCCCUUCCUGCUCCGCUACCCGACCCUCUUCCGCCUCUUCCAGGCGCCCAUCUCCCGCCCCCUCUCGCCCUCCCUCUCCACCCUCGCCGUCGCGCUCACCCCCGCCGCCCACGCGCUCGCCGCCCACCUCGCCGCCCUGCGCGGGGCCGAGCUCGCGCCGGGCCUCGCGGAUAAGGUGCACCGCCUCCUCCUCAUGACUCCCCGGCGCAGCCUCCUGGUGUCGAAGCUCGCGCACAUCGCCCCCGACCUCGGCCUCGCCAUGGACUUCCGCGCCACGCUCUGCCCCCGCCACCCGGACAUCUUCACCUUCGCAAACACCUCCCACGGCCACGCGCUCCAGCUGGUCGACCCGCCGCCGCCGCCCCCUUCACCGCUCCCCCCGCCGCUCCGCCCCGCCGUGCAGCCCGACCGCCUCAUCGACCGGCCGCGGAGGUUCCCGCACCUCCCGCUCCGCCGCGGGCUCAACCUCCGCCGCGCGCACCGGGACUAUCUCCUGCGGUUCCACAGCCUGCCCGAGGUCUCCCCGUUCGAGCCGCUGGAGGAGGGCGCGAGCGCGGAGAUGGCGGAGCGGCGGGCGUGCGCGGUGGUGCGGGAGGUGCUGGCGAUGACGGUGGAGAAGCGGACGCUGGUGGACCACCUCACGCACUUCCGCAGGGACUUCGGGCUGCCCAACCGGCUGCGCGCGCUGCUGGUGCGCCACCCGGAGCUGUUCUACGUCAGCAUCAAGGGCGUGCGUCAUUCGGCGUUCCUGGUGGAGGCGUUCGACGACGAUGGAAGGCUUCUAGUGGAGGAUGGCAUGCUGGUUGGGAAGGACCGGCUGGAGGAGCUUGUCCGGGAGGGCAAGAAGAUCAGACGGGCUCGAAAGAAGGGUGUUUUUCCGGUUGAUGGCGACAGUGAUGAGGAUGAUGAGGAAGAAGAUAAUGUUGCAGAGGGUUUGUCAGAGGUGGAUGGUGAAUUUGGGGACCUGUUUGAAGAAGACAGUGUCGCUGGGGAAGGCUGGAAUGAGGUGGGUGAUGAAGGCGGAAUCGAGGGGGACGGCGACGAAGAAGAUGAUCCUGAAGUGGAUGCCAUGGAGGAGUUUUGGGUGAAGAAGGCUGCAGCAGAGGGGCUGGUUGACAGUGGCACCGAGCAUGAUGUUUGGUGAGGGAUUGUUGCCCAUGGUGUUAUUGAGGACCACGAAUUGCUCAAAUGCAUUGUUCUCAGCUAUCUAUGGUAGCCAGAAGUAACAUACGUACAUAACUUUGGAGCCUGGAGAGUGAAGGUGAAGGUUAAUGGUGGUUCAAAUAGUAUCGCCUGUCUGAGGCAUAAAUUUCCACUUUCCUGUCCAUGUAGGCAUUCACCUCUAGGACAACAAUGUCCUCGCUUCUGUUGAUGCUGUCAGCACCAUCGACAAGGACGCUGUAGAGUCUGCCAUGACCACUCCCAAGCUACGACAUACAGAAUAUGGUUGUCAAUAUUGCAUCCUUGCACCUCUGGAUUACAGAAAUGAAGAACAGAAGUGGAAACUAAACCAGCACUCGAGGACUGCAGGAUCACCGCUCGUGAAAGCCUGCAAUUCAAGUGUUCCUUAUACUACAACUCAUUUGCAACUGCAGUAGGUGCCAAGAUACCAACAGGACCAGAGACAUGGACAAGCAAGCAAUCCUACAUUAACCUGGUAGAGUAUAGCCCUCCGAUGCGCUGUAACCGACGGCUCAAGGAACCAAUGUGCUCCACUGCUUUGUUCAUGCCUGGACCACUCUUUUGAUCAACCAACCGAAGAAUUUUGCUAGAAAAACAAGUGAUCAUGGAGUCCACAAUUGGUUUCCUCUGGAUGACGCCGACUUGCCGUAAAUUGUCUUUUGGUAUUGGAUUUUUGGACAACGCAGUCUCUCAGGCCUUAUGCUGAAAACCACCAGUAAAUACUCCCUCCGUUCGGAAUUACUCGUUCAAGAAAUGAAUGUAUCUAGAUGUAUUUUAGUUGUAGAUACAUCCAUUUUUGUGACAAGUAAUUCCGAACGGAGAGAGUACUAAAUAGUGAUUCAGAAGAUUCAGAAAUACCAGACCUUGGCUGAAUCAGCCUCUGCGUUGCUGGCUUAAGCAGAAAACGAAACAGUGGAGUAAGCACAAGUCUCUCACAGAUCACAGCCUAUAAAGAUCUCAUAGGACAAACGGUGUUUUUUUGAAAAAUAAAAGGUGGACUUAUAACAAGCCCUAACAGAUUCACUCGUGAAAUCGCAUUCAGAUUGUAGUCUCAGACAUCAAAUUGAAGGCAAACAGAAGAACACAAACAAAGAUAUCAAGUUUCAACGGCCUUGGGACGACCAGACCGUGUUCCAACGGCGACGGAGUCCCUUCCGGAGUGGUGCAUCAGGCAGGAGGAAAUUGGGCAGCACUGGAAGUUAACUAGGACAAUCUCUAUCUUGGUUCUAUAGGAGCUGUGGAUUCAUCGGGGUCUUUGACGGAGCGCCGCCAUCCACACUCAAGGUGCUUAAGAGCAUUGUAAGCGAAGCCAGGGCAUGGAAGCAGGCAGGAUUACUACGAGGGGAAGUCGAGGCGU